AUGAUAUAAAUUAUUGAAAACUUGUAAGAAUAAUUGAGAGAAAAGGAUAAGCUAGAUAAAAGUGUGGUUAAUGACUAUAAAGUUAAGAGUGAAAAUCUUUAGAAAUAACUAGAUGCGGUUAAUGAUUAGCUUGAGAAAGUAAAGCUAGAAAGAGAUAACAGCAAAGACUAGAAUAAGAAACUUGUGGAAUUGUUUAAUAAAUUGGAAAAGAAGCUAAAUGAUAAAGUGACAAGAGAAGAGUAGCUUGAAGAAGAAUGUCUGAGCUUAAAAGAGUCUCUGCAAAUGAUGACUGUGCAGGUUGAGAAAAUAGAGGAAGGCCUGGAAAGAAAAGUUAGAGAUAAGGACAAGCAGGUCAAGAAGCUGCUGCAAAAAAUUGACAUGCUGGAAAGAGAAAAGAGAAUGAAGGAGGAUAUGGAAGAAAUGGAGGAUUUGAUGAAUGAAAAUAGUGUUCUAUAAGAUAAGACUUAUUAGAGUCUAAAUGAUAGUCAAAAAAUUUAUGACUCUUCAAAGUCAUCUUCAAAGAAAAUUAAAAAAUGA